UUUCUUCUUCAAUUUUUCUUGUGUGCGCAUAAUUUCCGAGUUUGCAACGUGACACAUUCGUCCUUAAUUAAUAACCAUCGAAUUUAUUAUUGUCACACAUGGCAAAUUUAAAUCGAUUAAACUAUCGUAAUGAAACAUCAACAAAUAGCUGUCGACAUGACAAACAUGGUGUUCACUGCCUGCUCGUAUUUGGCGCUCGCCGGGGCGGUUUGGAUAUUCCUGCGUCUCAUACAGGCUUGCUUCUGGCUGCCGAAACACCUGAAGAGACAAAACGAUGUUCAAAAAAUGUUGCAGGACAAGGUGGACAGUUACGAAAAAUACGUGUUAGAGUGCGAGGAGAAGGAGAAGGCCGAAAUGUUGGAGUCAAUUGACGACGAGAAGAAGAACCUCGAGAUGUCGGAGAAGUGGAAGGAGCGAAGAGAAUGUCUGGACAUGCUGAAGCGGGAGUUGCAGAGAGUCAAAGACGGCAAAGACAUGACCGAUUGGGACGCUUUGCUGGACGAGGAGUUGAAGAAGCACGCGGAUCUGGACGACAAUAAACUUUUAGAGGAGGAGGAGGAGGAGGAAAAUUACAAUAAAGAAAAAGGCGAUAACGAGAAGGGAGAAGAAAAGAUCGAGGCGGACGAGUCAAAGAAGGAGAAGUAAAAAAAAAAAACACGCGUAUACUCUAUCAAGUGCUUUAAAAGUGCCUUAAACGAGACCGUCGAGUCUCGACCGUUGAGUAGCUUUACAUUUAACUUGUAAAGAAGUACGGAGAUUACUGACAAAACGCGCAAUAGAAAUAAGUAACAAGAAAUAUCUCGCGAAAGAACGUUUUUUUCAUUUUUUUUAAUGAGCGCGCAUGUGCUGUUGAUUUAUUCAUUUCAAUUGUCGAUAAUCGAUUAUUUCAAUAUAAAAUGCGAAUCUAUUAACUUUAUAUUGUUAGUGUCAUAUUUGAUCCGCGCGCGCGCACACACACACACACGCGCACGCACGUACACACGCGCAAUAUCACAUGUAUCUAAUUUGCAUUGUGACAAUUGCGUGCAAUCAAUGCACAAAGUGUCGGUAGCGACAAAAUUGUUUCAAGUAACAAACAAAUAAAUAUUCAAAGAUUGUUUAUUGUUUUGCGUUGUUGUUCUCUAAUGCGAAGAGAUCAUUCGCGCGUGAAAAUACAGCCGCAAUGAUCCAUCCGAAAGAAUAAAAAAAGUUCGGAAAAAAUAGAUAGUAGUAAAUUUACAAUUUCAGUGUUGUGUGCUAUUAUAAAAAAAUGUGCAAUCGAUAUUAACGAAACGCCAGCUACCUCGACGAACUUGUUUUAAUAAUACAUAUAAGUCACGUGUGUAAAUCGAUAUUCUAUACAUGUAUAUAUAAAUAUAUAUAUAUAUAUACACAUGCACACACACACACGUUAUAUAAUAUAUAUAUAUACACACGUGCAUUAUAUAAUAUGUGUAAUCACACGAAUAAUUAAUUUGUUAUCAAUACAAAUUAUUACGGCGCUCCUCGCAAAUAUAAGACUUGUAAACGUAAAUGAUGCAACCGGCGUUAUAACGUGCUCACAUAUUGCAACAUGAUGCGAACCGCGGCGCGUUACGUUUACUUCUGCAUCGAAGCGUGUGAUUAUGAGACUUACACGGAUAUAGAAGAUAUAAUUUUCUUGCAAUAUAAAACAGUUAAAAUAUAACAUGCGAUCAAAACGAUAAUAAUAUUCAACAAAACUGAGCGGGCCGUGCAAUAUCAUUCAGUGAUUCAUAUAAUUUAUAAUAUAUAGUCGACUUUGUGUGGUUUUAUAUUAUAGCGAUACAUAUCACCUUUGUAUACAUUGUGAGAUCAAUA